AUGGCUACUCCCACAUUGUCUGCGAUGAUCGACCCGACAAAGCAGGCCGAAUACCCCAUCGUGCUGGGGGAAAGGCUUGCUCGAAACCCAAACACGAGCCGACUGAUCAACGUCAACUACAACCACAAAUCCAAGUCCGCCACCUCACAACAGCGUUCGAUCAUCACACCCUCCCGAUCCUCCGACCUCUAUGACCUCGCCGUUACCGACAAGGCCCCAAAUGCUGAUCAAACAUUGAACUAUUCAUACAAAGGCAGCGAGGACCCGUCGGGUGAGCGAAGCCUGGUUCUGAUCUUCGACCCGGAGCGGAAAGUCUUUGUUCUGGAGCCGGUCUCGACAACCUUAAACUUUAAUCUACGGUCGGCUCCAGGAAAGACGGAAAAACAGGUCCGCGAGCAAUACGAACAACUACAGAUAAAGGAAGAGGAUGAACCAGCCUCGGGAGAAGACCGGCACGGAGGAAGCGCUAGCGAGGAUGAGGGCCCGGCCGACGAUAGCAAUCCUUACGACUUCCGACAUUUCCUUCCGAAGAAUCGCCGAGAGGAUGACAAGCCAAUCUCAGGCCACAGCACCCCCGAACUUGCUACCAGCAGGGCCAACACACCAUUGAUGCCGGCUGCCAGACCCGCUCCUAGACCUGUACCUCGACCCACAACACAAGCAAAUCCGCUGCGACAGAAGAAACCACCCGCAAAAGCACCAGUCAAAGCACACCCGCCCGCGAAACCAAGCGAGCCUGUUAGCUAUCCCGAUCCGCCUGAGCAUGAGGACUCUCGCUCCACGCCGUCCGACGCAGGCACGGGAUCGCAACAGACAGGGCAGUCUCCCAGCUCGAACAUCAUUGUUGAUGGGGACCUCAUUAUUGAUAUGGGUUCUCCACCUCCUUCACGCCCAUUCGUCGUGAACCGGGCUUACUUUUCGUCCAAUAACACCCCAGCCGACGACGAUGGGGAUGAAGACGUUGGGGAGUUUAGUUUACCCUCCCCAGUCGGUAAUACAGCGCCACCGACAUCGUCAGCACAUACAGACACUGCCAUCCAAGAAGACGAAGUGGAAGAUGAUGAUGCCUUGGCGGCGGAGAUGGAAGCCGCUUUUGAACAAAGUGCUCGCGAAGAGGAAGCUCGGAGCCACCAUUACACUCAACCCACGACCCGGCAAUACGUUCCCAGUGAUGAUGAGAGCGAGGUCAGUGAGGAGGAGUAA